AUGAUCGAGCACUUUUCACAGAAACGAAUCGAUGAGAUCCGUGAAUGUUUUAACUUGUACAGUGAUAACGGCUUUGUGAACAGUUCAUCUCAGCUGCGAUGCAUUUUGAGAAGUCUCGGCUACGCUCCAACACAACAACGAAUCAAUGAACACUAUAGAAAAUAUAAAAGGCAAUCUAUUGAUUUCGCAGUGUUGUUGGAGAUUGCCGCAAUUGAGGCACAAGCAGGAGAUCCACUGGUUGAGGUGAUCAAAGCAUUGAGAGGACUCGAUCGUGAAGGGAAACAAUCGAUUCGAGUGGAUGAGCUCACCAAUAUUCUCUCGUCGAUCGGUGAACGAAUGAACAAGGCAGAGAUCGAAUCAACUCUAUCGCAAAUUUCCGUUAAUGGGAUCGUUCCACAUCAAAAGUUGAUUCAAAUGAUUUCCCGGCCAAAUCCGCUUGCAAAUGGGGGAAGAAUAAUAGUCAAGAAAAUGGCCGACGAGCAAGAAGUUGGUGCUGACGGAGAGAAGAAAUUGAGCAAAAAGGAGCUAAACAAGUUGGCGAAGAAGGCGAAAAAGAUGGAGCUGCAGGAACAGAAGACCGAUUCGACGAAGAAAGAGGGUGGCGACAACGAAGAGGACGCAAGCGUUGGAUGCUAUGGGACGUAUGGAUUGAUUCAAUCGGGAGACCAAAAGGAUAUCGUCUUCACCGAAUUGAUGAACAUCAACAAAGAGUUGGAUGGGAAAGAGAUCUGGAUUCGCGGUCGCAUCCACGCAACUCGUUCAAAAGGAAACUCGUGUUUCAUCGUUAUCCGACAUCGAGUUCAUACUGCGCAGCUUGCGCUGUUCAAAAGUGAGCAAGUCAGCAAACAGAUGAUCAAGUUCGUGGCUUCUAUUCCAAAGGAAUCGAUUAUUGACGUCAAAGCAAAAGUCCUUGUUGCCGAACAAGAAGUCGCCGCGUGCACUCAAAAGGAUAUGGAAUUACAUGGACUUCAGGUAUUUGUGGUGUCGGCGUCCGAGCAAAGACUUCCCCUACAAAUUGAAGACGCUUCUCGCGGGGAAAACGAUCCUUCUGGGCUUGCAGUAGUUAACCUCGACACUCGUCUUGAUAACAGAGUGCUUGACUUGCGAACGCCAACCACUCAAGCAAUCUUCCGGAUUCAAGAUGGUGUUUGUUUCCAUUUUCGCUCAAUCCUUCGCAAACGUGGAUUCACUGAAAUUCAUACACCGAAGAUCAUCUCGGCUGCUUCGGAGGGAGGAGCUAACGUGUUCACGGUCAGCUACUUUAAAGGAAACGCUUAUUUGGCUCAAUCACCUCAACUCUACAAACAAAUGGCGAUCGCUGGUGACUUCGAUAAAGUUUAUACAAUUGGAGGCGUUUUUCGAGCUGAAGAUUCCAACACUCAUCGUCACAUGACUGAAUUUGUUGGACUUGAUUUGGAGAUGGCUUUCAAAUUCCACUAUCAUGAGGUUCUUCAAACUAUCGGCGACGUUUUGAUCAAUGUCUUCAAAGGAUUGCAACAAGAGUACGCACAUGAGAUCGAGGCUGUUCGCCAACAAUAUCCUGCUGAGCCCUUCGAAUUUUGCGAGCCGGCUCUUGUGUUAAAGUAUGCUGAUGCGGUGAAGCUUUUGAGGGAACAUGGUACAGAGAUUGGUGAUGAAGAUGACCUCUCGACGCCGGUUGAGAAAUUUUUGGGUAAGCUUGUCAAGGAGAAGUACAAGACCGACUUCUACAUUCUUGACAAAUUCCCAUUGGCUGUGCGUCCUUUCUACACAAUGCCCGAUCCGCAUGACAAGCGAUACUCGAACAGCUACGAUAUGUUUAUGAGAGGAGAAGAAAUUCUUUCUGGAGCUCAACGUAUCCACGAUCCGGAGUACCUCAUCGAGCGUGCCAAGCAUCACAAAGUCGAGUUGAGUCAAAUUCAGGCUUACAUUGACUCGUUCCGUUAUGGAUGUCCUCCUCACGCUGGUGGUGGAAUUGGACUCGAGCGUGUGACAAUGCUUUUCUUGGGUCUACACAACAUUCGAUUGGCCUCGCUCUUCCCGCGUGAUCCCAAGCGCAUUACACCA